AUGGCACUGCUCCACAUUGUCCAAGACACUUUUUCAACCCUGGAGCUCUUCCAAAAUGACGAGAGUGCAAGAGCGCCAGAACCCUAUCCUGUCCCUGCUGCGAACGUUCAAGCCCAACUUGAAACUGCUCCUGAGAUUGAUUCUGCUCCUUCAGCACCCGAGACGCUCCCGGAGCAGGGCCUCGAAGUCCUUUACAACAAAUCGCCCCCAGAGGCUGUUAACGUCAAUGGCGAUAUCAAACAGCCAGAGACUUCGACUACACUUCGAAAAACUAUUUUCUUAAAGCGGAAAAACUUUGCUUUCGCGGCCCUGGCCGUGUUGCUUCUUAUGGCACUAGCCGUUGGGCUCGGUGUUGGACUCCGAAAAUCUCCGAGAGCCUAUCCUAGCUCUUCAGCUACAGCCAGACCCUCAGGGGGGCCGAUUUCAAUGAACACAGCAAGUCCCACGGCGUCUGCACAUCCUGUAAAUAGCUCUUUCACGCAACAAAUCCUCAACGAUACUUCUUUUGCAGCAAUAUAUAUGAAUAGUGGCGAUAGACAUGUAUUCUUUCAGGAUAUCAAAGGGGAUAUUCAGCAAGUUGUUUACGCAGCCUCGGAAGAUCAAUGGAUUGUAAAGACAAACCCAACGGGUAUCUCGGACGCGAGAUAUCUGACACCCUUAGCGGCUGAUGUUGUGGAACAAGAUGUUAGCACAAGUCUUCAUCUUUACUAUAUUUCGGUCAGCAAUCGUCUCAGCUCAAGAACGUAUACCGACGGUAUUUGGUGGCAAUCUAGUGAGGAUCUCUCAAAUUACACUACAUUCCCGAGUACGCGGCAACUAUCAGUUACGUCAACCAACAGCACUGGAACUGUUGCUGCAAAUGAGACUGUUAAUCAGAGUCUCUUGUUAUACGAGAAUCUGCAUGGCGACGUGUCCGCUCUUUUGAGAGUGGCACGAGCUGCUACAGAUCCGUGCGAUGCCAUCGCUCUCACAUGUCUUAAGCUUGGGUUGGGUACAAAGUCUCACUGGAUUGAUAUCACCUCAAACAACAAAUCGGAAGCGCGCUUCGGGUUUUCGCCCAUCUAUUUCAUUGGUAGGUUCAAUCAAACUUUCAGCAGCACAUUGUACGAGACGAAUGGAGGAACUACACUCAGAGCCCCGUUUGCCAGCGCACCGACCCCUUUCCUGAAUCAAAGUAUAUUAGAUGUGCAGAUGCUUUUCUACGACUACAACUCUACUUCCUUCUUGACGUCCGAAUACACUUCGUGGAAUAAUGCCAGCUAUGGAAAAUUCUACUCGGGAUGGGAGACAUCAACCACAUCAAAUCAGGUCAACUUCGAAAACAGCAAUUUUAUCGAAUCUGACCUCGUGAUGAUUAGUCCGCCUGGCUAUUUAUUUGCAAUCUGGGUUAAUGGCACACGGCCAGUCGUCAUCAACUUCAAUCCCGCCACGAACACUGCCCCCGUUGGUCCAUUCCCUUUCAGGAGACUUGCUAGUAUUACUUUAGCUAACCAAACGGAGAGCUACUUGUAUCAUCAAAUUAACGGGACUACGCUUGCGGAGGAGCAGUACCUCCCUUCUUUGAACCAAUGGAUCACCACCUCUUACAUCACGAUCUCAAGUUCUUAG